GCUAGUACCCUUUGCCUUCCCAAACAAACGAGGGAAUUAGAACGACCAAAAAAAAAUAACGUCAAGUCCAAGACCCAAAUCACCCAAAUGUCAAAGAAGCGGCAGCCAAAGUAAAAAAAUAGCAUGCAAGUUCUUAAUUGAAAUUUUAUUUAAAAUCGUUGAACUAUGGCUGACAGAGAUUUAACAAUGGGACCUAGGAAUGGAGUCACAUACCCGAUAAAAGUGCAGUAUUGUGGAAAUUGUUCCAUGCCAAUAGAAUAUUGUGAAUACUAUCCUGAAUACGACAAAUGUAAACAAUGGUUAGAAAAGAACUUGCCGACAGAAUUUGAAAAAGUAAAAAUUGACGAAGAAGAAAAUGCAGGUGGAGAAGAAGAAAAGAAGCGACAAAAACGUGGUGGUAAAGGGAUGCUCAAAUCAAAGAAAAAGGAAGAUGUGCCCAAAUUAGUUCAAGUAUCACGGGCUCCCCGUGGUAAAAAGAAAUCUGUCACAGUGGUUUCUGGCUUAAGCACUUUUGAUAUAGAUUUGAAAGUAGCAGCAAAAUUCUUCGGAACCAAAUUCGCUUGUGGUUCUUCAGUCACUGGGGAUGACGAGAUUGUCAUUCAAGGAGAUGUAAAAGAUGAUCUUUUUGACAUUAUACCAGAGAAGUGGCCUGAGAUUGAUGAAGAUAGCAUUGAAGAUCUCGGAGACCAGAAAAGAUAGUUAUUAUAUUAGGAAGUGUUACAACAUUAAAUACUUUAUUUCUGUGUUAUUUUUGACAUUAAUUUUAUCAUUGCAGUCUACACAUACUGAUGUGGUCAGUACAGUUCGCACUAAUAAAGUAGACUUGUUUCUGAAAUAUCCAUCCCAUAUUGUUUACUUAUAAUGUUGAAUAGUUGAUUUGAAAAUUCUAAGUUAAUCUUAAUCAAAGUAAUGGCUAAUCUAUGCCACAGUAAUAAAAUAGAAAUAAAGUGUUUUUACAUUUU